UCAUUACAGUAUUAUACAGACGCCAAUGAAGCAGAAUCGUGGUUGAACGAGCGCAUGGCUCUGCUAACGUCGAGUGACUAUGGAGAGGAUGAGCCGAGUGCACAGUCACUGCUGCAAAGACACCGAGACCUUCAGGGUGAGCUGCGAGCAUAUAGUGGAGACAUACAGAGCCUCAACACUCAGGCUGAGACAUUGAUCAAGGCCGGAAUAUCAACACUGGAGUUGUCUCAAGAGCCAGAGGUGGUUGAAGAGCUGGAAACGAGAGAGGAGUGGGUGAAGGAAGCUCGUCUAGUGCCACAGGAGGUGUGGGAGGAAGAGCCGGUUGAGAGGAUAGAAUACCGAACUGUCAUGGAGGAGAAGGCAGUACCACAAGUCAAGAGUCUUUACCCAUUCAGUGGGCAGGGCAUGGUGAUGGCUAAGGGCGAGGUAAUGUUCUUACUGAGCAAGACCAACCCAGACUGGUGGAGUGUACGGAAAGCUAACGGUCAAGAUGGCUUUGUUCCCGCAAAUUAUGUUCGUGAAAUAGAACCCAAAAUCAUGCAAAUUCCUGUGAGAAAGGCAGAAAAAGUACGAGGCGUUCAAAGAAUUCAAAAGACUAAGAUGGUUAAGCAAAUGGUUCCUGUGAAGAAAACUAUUCAAACUAAAGUAACAGGUAAACCUACCAAAAGAAAGUCAGCUGAAGAUGAUAAUCAGAAUGUUGAAAAGAGACAGAAGAAAAUAAACAACACAUACACCCAUCUUCUAGAACUAGCUGAGCAAAGACAUGCUCUGCUUGAAGAUUCCAUCAGGCUGUUUGGAUUUUACCGUGAAUGUGAUGAUUUUGAAAAGUGGAUCAAAGACAAGGAGAAAAUGCUGCGAACAGAAGAUAGAGCAGAUAGUGUUGAAACAGCAAAGAGAAAGUAUGAGAAAUUCCUGACAGACUUGUCAGCAAGUGGCAAGCGUAUUGAAGCCUUGGACUCAGCCGUUGAAGAAUUUGUGAAGCAAGGUCACAGCCAGUUAGAUAAAGUACGGGCAAGACAGAAACAAAUACAUCAGAUGUGGAACCAUCUCAAUUGGCUGAAAGCACAGAAAGAACGUAGCCUGGAAGGAGCAUCAAGUGUGGAGCUGUUUCAUCGCACUUGUGAUGAGGCCCGAGACUGGAUGCUGGAGAAGAUGACGCAGCUGGACACGGCAGAGCUGGGACCUGACCUCAAGACGGUACAAGCGCUGCAGAGGCGACAUCAACAGCUGGAGAGGGAGUUGGCACCUGUUGAAGAAAAGGUCAAUCGAGUCAAUCUGCUGGCCAACUCAGUUAAGUCAUCAUAUCCAAAUGAGAAAGCAAAUGUGAAUGCUCGUCAAAACGAAAUUCAGGAACUUUGGGGAAAAGUAAAGGCAAAAGCAGUGGAAAGGAGAUCAAGGCUGGAGAAUGCUGUUGGACAACAAGUUUUCAUGAACAGCACGAAAAAUUUGUUAAACUGGAUAGCAACUGUCAAAGAAGCACUGAAUGCAGACGAGAACGCAAGAGAUGUUGUAACUGCAGAGAACUUGCUUAAGAAUCACCAAGAUCUUGGAGAUGACAUUCGAGCUCAUGAUGAUGAAUUGAGAGAAGUAAGUGAACUGGGGAAACAGCUGAUGUCACGCAACCCUGGGCUGGAAGAGGUGAAAGAACGGCUGACACGGCUAGAUACGGAGUAUGCUGCGGUUCUGCGUGGCUUUGAUGAGAAGGGUGACUGGCUGCGCCAGUGUUUAGAGCUGCAGCUGCUCAACAAAGAAGCUGAUCACAUUGACACCACCACUUCAAGCCAUGAGGCCUUCCUGGAGUUCACUGAUCUUGGUGGUAACAUAGAUGAUGUAGAAGCUUUAAUGAAACGACAUGAAGAUUUUGAAAAUACUCUGUUUGCACAAGAUGAAAGGGUGAAAGCAUUUAAUGAAGCAGCUAACAAAUUGAUAGCUGCUGAUCACUAUGACAAAAAAUUUAUUAAUGAGCGCAGACAGCAAGUGUUGGCCCGCCGGCAAGCUCUCAAGGCAUUGGCUGCAGAUCGUCGUGCCGCCCUCACAGCAGCCAAGGGCUUCCAGGAGUUCUCAGCUGAUGUUGACGACCUAAAUACUUGGCUCCAUGAUAAGAUGAAGACAGCAGGAGAUGAGUCUUAUCGCGAUUUGACAAACAUUGAAAGAAAACUUCAAAAGCAUGAAGCGUUUGAGAGAGAGCUGAGGGCCAACGAAGGACAGCUUCGUACAGUCAACAAGAAUGGACAGGCGCUGGUGAGUGAAGGUAACUACCGGGCACCCGAGGUGACAGCAAUGCUGCAGCAGCUCAACACCCAGUGGGAGACACUGGUACGACUGUCGUUGGAUAAGGGGCAACGUUUGCGGCAGGCUGCAGCACAGCAUGGCUACAAUCGUACUAUGGAGGAUGCUAAGACUAAGUUGGAGGAGCUGCAGGACAGUCUACAGUCUCGCCAAGUUGGCUCAGACCUCCGCAACUGCAAGCAACUACUCAAAAAACAUCAGGUGAUAGAGACAGAAAUCAUUCAAUGGGAGCAGCGUAUUGGAGAUCUGGUAGCCCUGGGACAGGAGAUGGUUCAUGAAGGUCAUUUUGAUGCUGAUAACAUCUUGAAAGCUAGCAAAGAAUGUCAAGAAAAAUUCAGCUCAUUGCAAGAGCCAGCUCGUAAACGAAGAGAGGCAUUGGAAGAAUCUCUACGUUUUCACAAGUUUGGAUUCGAGUUGGAGGCUGAGCUAGGUUGGAUACGAGAACACUUACCGAUGGCAUCUUCAGAGACAUUGGGCCAGAAUCUGCAUCAGGCACAAUCUUUACACAAGAAACAUAAGAAGCUGGAGGCUGAAAUUCUUGGGCAUCAGCCAAUGAUUGACAAGACAUUAGCCUCUGGAGAGGCUCUUGUUCACCAGAGUCACCCGGAGACUAAACAGGUUGAAUCUUUGUGUAUUGGGCUGCAAGAUGCUUGGCAAGACCUCAAGAUGAAGGCACAGGAAAGGAGUAAAAAACUGGAACUUUCACUAAAGGCCCAGCAGUUCUACUUUGAGGCUAGUGAAGUGGAAAGUUGGCUGUCUGAACGUAACAAUGUCUUGUCCUCUACUGACUAUGGAAGGGACAGAGAUGCAGCAUCUAAACUGCUCACUAAACACAAGGCACUAGAACUGGAACUGGACACGUACUCUGGGAUAGUGAACGAGAUGGGAAAUACGGCCAACAGUAUGAUCAACGCCAAACAUCCAGACUCCAAGGCCAUCGCUAGCAAGCAGCAGGCCAUCAGCCAGCAAAUGCGGAUGUUGCAGAAGCUUGCGAGUGCUCGGCAGCAGCGACUGGUGGAGAGUAUGUGUCGCCAUGAGUAUCUCACUGAGUCUGCUGAGUUGGAAAGCUGGAUCCGUGAGCAGAUGACAGCUGCUGCCUCUGAGGAUUAUGGUCAAGACUAUGAGCACUUAUUGAUUUUGCAGAAUAAGUUUGAUGAUCUUAAACACAGAGUGGAGGCGGGAGCUGAAAGGUUCAACCAGUGUGAGGAGCUUGCAAAGAAGCUCAUAUUGAAUGAAAGUCCUUAUAUAGCCGACAUUGAAAAACGUCAAGAUCAAUUGAGUAGAGAGGAGGUGGAGACAAGUGACGCAGUGGCAGACGUCAGACUCAAACAUCAGGCUAUCAGGGAGUCUUGGCAGCAGCUGCUGUUGGUACUGGACAACAGAGAGCAACGGCUUGCAGCGGCUGGGGAGAUACAUCGUUUUCACCGUGAUGUGGCCGAGGCUCUCUCUCGCAUACAUGACAAGGAUGCUGCAAUAUCUGAUGACCUGGGCCGGGAUCUCAACUCUGUUCUGGCACUCAUCCGCAGCAAACAUGAGGGCUUUGAGAAUGAUCUUGUGGCUCUUGAAGCCCAGCUUCAGGUCCUGGUGGAGGACGCAGUACGCCUACAAGCUCAGUAUCCUGGUACAAAUGCUGCUCAUAUCGGUCAGCAGCAGGAGGUGGUGGUAGCCAGCUGGUCGGCCCUCCAGGAACGUUCAGCCACAAGGCGCGAGAUGUUACAGGCUAGCUGUGACCUGCAACGCUUCCUUGCACAAGUGCGGGAUCUUAUGAAUUGGGCAAGUGGAUUGCGUGCGGCCAUGCUGACUGAGGAGAAGGUACGAGAUGCAGCCAGUGCUCAGAUCCUCAAAGCCGAACAUGAGGCAGUCAAGGCAGAGAUUGAGGCCAGGGAGGAGAGCUUCCGUCAAGUCAUGGAACUUGGGGAGGCUAUGGUGAACGGAGAUCAUUAUGCUUCUCAGGAAAUCCAAGAAAAGUUCAGCCAACUGUUGGAAGAACGUCAGAGAUUGCAUAGUUCCUGGCAGCACAAGAAAGUUCACCUAGAUCAGCUGAUAGACUUACACUUUUUCCUCCGAGAUGCUAAGCAGUUAGACACCCUCUGUGGCACACAAGAGGCAGCUCUGUCUGGAGUUGACUUUGGCGAAACUGUGGAUGAAGUUGAUGCUUAUGUGAAAAAACAUGAUGCUUUUGAGAAGUUACUGGGGACACAAGAGGAGAAGAUAGUGGCACUUCAAGAGCAUGGGGACAAGUUGCUGGCCCAGAAACACUUCGAGAGUGACUUGAUUGGGCGCAGACUGGGAGAAGUGGUGCAACGCAGGGCUAAGGUUAAAGAGCUGUGUGUGCUGCGCAAACAGAGGCUGGAUGAUGCUCAGCUUUAUGCUCAGUUCGUGCGGGAUGUUGGGGAGGCUGAGUCAUGGAUCGGAGAAAAACAGAAGAAAUUGGAAGUGGAAGUGAACAAGGGAGAAGUUAGCAGUCUAGAGGAUAAGAUAAAGAAACUACAAAAACAUCAGGCAUUCCAAGCUGAACUGGCAGCAAACCAGCCUCGUAUAACUGCAAUCAAAGAUAAUGGUGAGAUGUUACUGGGGAAGAAACAUAAGGCAUCUCGUGAGAUCCGCGCUCAAUUGGAACAUCUGCUGAGUGCGUGGCGCAGCCUGCUGCAGGAGAGCAACAACCGUGGUCGUGGUCUGGAAGAAGCUCAGGAUAUCUUGGAGUUCAACAACCAAGUUGAUAAAAUUGAAGCUUGGAUUAGAGAUAAGGAAAUGAUGGUACAAGCAGGAGAUAUGGGGCGGGACUACGAGCAUUGCCUGGCUCUCCAGCGCAAGCUUGACGAUGUAGACAGUGACAUGAGAGUGGACGAUGCCAGGAUCAAGAUGAUUAACGCCCUAGCAGACAAGUUAAUACGGCAGGGUCGCAGUGACACACGUUCAGUACAGCAGCGGCGAGAGCACUUCAAUCUCAAGUGGCGAGGACUACAGGGAGCACUAGGAGAGUACAGGGAACAUCUAGCGGGCGCCCUGGAGAUCCAUCUAUUCAACCGAGAUGUGGAUGACACGUCGCAGAGAGUGGCAGAGAAGGCAGUGGCGAUGACAACCGAGGAUACGGGUAGGGACUUGCAGGCAGUGCAACAUCUGCUGCGGAAACAAGAUGGUAUAGAGCGUGACAUGACUGCCAUAGAAGGGAAAAUUAAGGAACAUGAGGUGGAGUGUCGAAGGUUGGUCCAAAAGUACCCUGACAUGUCCACACCUAUUCGAAGCAAAUUGAAUGAACUACAAGACAACUGGCGACAACUUCAGACUCUGUGCAAGCACAGACGUGACACCCUGACCACUGGCUACACGACCCACAAGUUCCUGGCUGAUCUGCAUGAGCUAGACCUCUGGGUGGCUGACACCAUCAAGAAAAUGAACUCGUCUGAACUUCCAAAUAACACUUCAGAAGCAAAAGCUUUAUUAGAACUUCAUAACGAAAGAAAGGCUGAGAUUGAUGGGCGACAAGAGACGUUCAAGGCUCUAAAGGAAUUUGGGCUGCGGCUAAACCCACCCCCAGAGGAGGACCUGGCAAGGCUGGAGGAGCUGAGGAGGAGAUUGGCAGGUGCUUGGGAGGAGCGACGGACAAGACUCCACCAAGCCCACCAGUUGCAGCAGUUCCGUGAACAGGCUGACCAAGCCGACACCUGGCUCGCUACUAAGGAGGCUUUUCUCAAUAAUGAAGAUUUUGGGGAAUCCCUGUCUGGAGUGGAAGUGUUACUGCGGAAACAUGAAGCAUUUGAGAAGACAGUUUUGGCUCAAAUGGGGAAGAUUGAAGAGUUGGAGAAGUUUGGAACAGAACUGCUUACGACCCAGCACUACGAUAGUGCUGCUAUCACUCAGCGGCUGCAAGCUGUCACAUCAAGGCGUGACAGGCUCAAGGAAUCGGCAGCUGCACGUAGGCUGAAGCUUCAUCAGUCCCGCCAACUGCACCAGUUCCUGCGUAAUAUGUAUGAAGUAGAGGCAUGGUUGCUGCAAAAACAACAAGUUGCAAAUGAUGAAAACUACAGGGAUCCAACAAAUCUUCAAAGUAAGAUGCAGAAACACGCUGCAUUUGAGUCAGAAAUAGCUGCAAAUCGAGGAAGAGUGGGAGCAGUGACGAGUGAGGGUGAAGGACUGAUUGGAGCUGGCCACUUCGCAGGGUUGGAGAUACAGGCAAGAUUGGACGAACUCGAGGCUGAAUGGAGGGCUCUACAAGAGGCCAGCCUCUUGAAACGUGAGAGGCUCAAUGAUGCAUACCAGGCUCUGCUGUUUACCCGCACACUGGAGGAAUUAGAGAGCUGGACAGAUGAGGUGGAGAGCCAGCUGCAGUCCGAGGACCAUGGCAAGGAUCUGUCCAGCACUGUCAAUCUACUGAAACGCCACUCUCUGCUGGAGAACGAUGUAACCAGCCAUGGUGAGCAGUGCUCCCAACUACAGGACACUGCUGCUGCCUUCCACCGCUCCAACCAUUUUAUGAGAGACGAGAUCCAGGAAAGAGCCCAAUCUGUCAUCAACAGGUAUCACUCUCUGCAGGAGCCAAUGCAGAUCCGUCGAGAUAAUUUGGAGGAUGCUCUGCUUCUAUACCAAUUCCUGCGAGACACUGACGAUGAACUGGCAUGGCUGGCUGAGAAGGAACCACUGGCCGCCAGCACUGACCUCGGCAAUAGCUUGAAUGCUGUUCAAAGUCUUCAGAAAAAACAUCAGGCGUUAGAAGGUGAGAUAGCAUCAAGAGAGCCGGUAGUGGCUGCUCUUGCCAGUCGUGCUCAGCAAAUGAUUCAUAGUGGACACUUCGCCUCUCCACGUAUCGAAACCAGUAUUAAUGAACUGCAGGAGCGGUUGGUGCAGAUCCGAGAUCUUGCCAGUGUGCGCAGGCUACGACUCCUGGAUGCUGUUGAGUCUCAAAUGUUCUAUGCUGAAGCAAGUGAAGCAGAAACUUGGUUGAAAGAGAAGAGGCCUCUUUUGACAACCACUGAUUUUGGAAAAGAUGAAGAUUCUGUUCAGUCACUAUUGAAAAAACUAGAAAGUGUUGAAAGAGAAUUGAGGACAUUCCAAAACAAUGUAGAUCGCCUAGCUAAACUGAGUCAUGGACUUGUGGACAGAGGCCACUUUGAUAGCCAGCGAAUAGCAGAAAAGCAGACCCAGAUAGAAGGAGAGCUGACUGAACUUCAAGCAUUGGCCAAAGUAAGGGAGUCAAGAUUGAAGGAGUCAUUGAAGGUGUUCAGAUUCUUGAGGGAGGCAGAGGAAGUGGCAGAGUGGACCGGAGACCAGACAGCUGUAGCUGCGUCCGAGGACUAUGGGCGGGAUGUCGAGCAUGUCGAGCUUCUCAUACAAGCAUUUGACACAUUCCUAAGCAGCCUGAGUGGUGCCGAGGGUCGAGUUGUGUCGUGUCUACAGGCAGGGCAGGAGUUAGUGGCAGAAGGAAACCCUCAGGCUCCUCGGGUGCAGCUCAAACUGGCAGAGACCAAACAACUGUGGGACGAUCUCAAGGAAUUGGCCCAUGCCAGACAAGAGGCACUGGCUGGAGCAAAGCAGGUUCAUGUGUUCGACCGGACAGCCGAUGAGACAAUCACAUGGAUACAGGAGAAGGAUGCAUCUAUAUCGGCUGAGGGGUAUGGGCAAGACUUGGAAACAAUACAGGCUCUCGUAAGAAAACAUGAAGGAUUUGAAACUGAUCUUGCAGCAGUAAAAGAACAGGUGGAGUCUGUGGUAGAAGAGGCUGGGAGGUUGGCAGGCUUGUUUCCUGAUGCAAGAGAUCACAUAGAGGUGAAACACGAAGAGACUCUGGAUGCCUGGACCCAACUGCUGGAAAAGGCUGAACAGAGACGUGACAAGUUACAGCAAGCAGAGCAGCUACAGACCUACUUCGAUCAGUAUAGAGAACUUAUAGCAUGGAUAAAUGAGAUGAUUGCCAAGGUGACAACACCAGAUCUCGCUCAAGACGUGGCAGGUGCGGAAGCUUUGAUAUCUCGACACCAGGAGUAUUACGCUGAAAUUGAUAGUCGAGUUGAUGCCUUCACUGCUUUCUAUGCUACUGGCAGACAACUCAUUAACCAGGAUCACUUUUUGAGCAAUGAAAUAAAGGAAAAAAUAAGAGUGCUGGAACAAAGGAAGAAAUUAUUGGAUGACACCUGGGAAAAGCGAAGGUUCAUAUAUGAACAGAAUUUGGACACUCAGAUGUUCAAGCGAGAAGCAGACCUGCUCGAGAACUGGAUAGUAUCUCGAGAACCCACACUUCAUGAUGGCAAGUUGGGUGAAUCCAUUCCACAAGUGGAAGAUUUUAUAAGGAAACACGAGGAUUUCGAGAAAACUAUACAAGCUCAAGAAGACAAAUUCCAUGCUCUCAGAAGAAUAACAUUGUUGGAGAGAGCAUUCCAAAAACAACAAGAGGCUGAAAUGGCAGCUCGUCAGGCAGAGAAGGAGCGUGUAGAGAGAGAACGGCUGGAGGCUCGGAAAAGAAAAGAAGUUCAGAGGAUUACAGAUGAGAGGCGGAGAGAGGGGGAGAGGCGACAGGGCAGGGAGCAGCGACCUGGCCCAGAGCACAACGGUGCCACAGAGCUGGCUGACACUCCAAGCAUAGAGCAUGAGCAUGAGCCAGGGCCACUGUUGGAGCCCCCUGUUCCCCUAGAACAUCCUCUACCCCUAACUGGAGCCACCACCACCAGCGGACUGGUUCCACCAGACACAAGUUAUGGUCUGGCCCGCUCUCGCUCAGCCGUGGCAGACAUGCAGCUUCUCAGAUAUUCACAAGAUAGUGAUUCUAUUUCAAAUCUUCAAAAGUCCAGUAGCAUUUCUUCCUUGUUUGGCGAUCGUUUGAACAGAAAAGGUGAUGUUAAAAGAGCGGAAAGCAUGAAGGCUGAUCUUAAGAAACCAAAGAGAACUCCCAGUUUUACAACCCGUAGGCGCACUCAGAGUUUCCGUAAACUCCAGAAGCUGGAGCAGCUAGAGCAGCUUCCACCCGUAGAGAUACAAGGCAUGCUGGAUCGUAAGCACGAGCUGCAAAGUGGUGGGAAGAAAGCAGCAGUACGUUCAUGGAAGACUCUGUACACAGUGCUGUGUGGCCAACUCCUCUGCUUCUUCAAGGACAAAGAUGACUUUGUGGCAAGCAAGGCUGCGACAUCACCCAUCAUCAUUUUCAAAGCCAAAUGUGAAAAAGCUGAAGAUUACAUCAAAAGAAAACAUGUAUUCAGGCUGUGUUGCACGGAUGGAUCAGAGUUCCUCUUUUUGGCUGCAAGUGAAGCAGAAAUGGAAGAUUGGGUUAAUAAAAUUAGUUUCCACGCCAAACUUCCUCCAAGCCUUCAACUUCUCAGCUACGAUGAAUCACAAAAGGAUUCACCAAGCCAAGAGCACCAGCUGCCAUUGGCAGCACCUGCAGAUGUAAGCUCUGAUUCUAGCCGAGACUCCACUCCUGAGGUGUCCCGUCGUAGGAAUUCGUCCACACGUGUGUCCGCACCUGUUGUGCCACCUCGCACUGCCCCACCUCCUGUACCUGUACGCACCUCAUCCACCGAGUCUAUGCCUCCUCCUCCUCCUGUACACAUGCGUCAGAGGCAAGAUGAUGUGCUGACGAGGCCGCAGUCAUACCACUCCCAGACUCGAGUAAGCAACUCCCACAACCAACACAACGGGGACUCUGAAUGGUGGCAGAGCACCCACCCCUCAGCCCCUCAGCAAGAGUUGCCACCUUACCAACAUGCCACCUCCAAACAAGCCAGUGUGUCAGCGGCACCUCACAGGAAUCCUUGGCCAAUGGACUCAGGCUACCGGCACAUAAAAACUAAGAAGCUAAAAUUAGGUGUUCAGCAAAAUUUGCUAGACCACCGCAACUUCAUGGCAUUCCUGCAAAUACAGCUGGCAAGUGUAAAUGUGAACCGCAUGUCAACUCUGCCACCGUACGUAGCUCCGCCACCUGCGAACUGGUGCAACAUGGACUCUAGGAGGCCAAGUGAGAGCUCCAGUGAGAAUGAACAGCAAACAACUGGUCCACGGAAAGAAAAACGGCCAAAUGUGUUAUCUUUCUUUGUUUCGCAAAAAGAAGGCAACUAA